UUCAUGGUUAAAUAUCUGAUGUGAGGAGGGCAUGCACGUAACUGCCUUCCAGGAUGGUGAUUUCGACGGUUGUGUUCUGUCUUGUGGCAAUCGCCGCAUGUUCAGCUGAUGAAUGCACUUCUUACAUUAUUAUAUCUGAGCAACAUAGAAGUACCUUAUCCGUGCCAGAAGGGAAUGAUAAACUCAUCUGCGAUAGAGCAUUACCGAGCGAUUGGUACCGAUUUACAAAUGGCGAUAUGCCAACGUCUUGUGUGCCAACUUUUCAUUGUGGGACUCAGGUUCCUAUAUGGUUAAACGGUCAGCUACCAACAGUCCAAGGCAGCACUGCCGUUCUACAGGCAUGUUACAACUACGGCAAAGGCGUUGAUCCCACCCCGUACGGAGGAUCAGCUUGCUGUCACGUAUCUCAACAAAUACAAGUGAAGAACUGUGGGAGUUAUAACGUGUAUCACCUCGCAAGAACCAGGGCGUGUAACAUGGCCUAUUGUGCCGGCCAUGCCCAAGUCUGUCCUAUUGGACAAUCUAACAUAGGCUCGCCUAAUUGUACGGAGCUCUACCCCAAAAUGACGCAUUCUCCCGUUAUCGAUCAACCCUACGUCGAUUCCAACGGGAUUAAAUGUUUUUCCUGUGACUGCAAGGGUGCUGUAAAGUUUCCAUGCCAUAUCCCUUACCCAAAGGGAGUGCCGAAUGUAGCCUUUGAGGUAACAUGGACAGUAGACGGAGUUCCUAUCAGGCGACCCGGAACACAAGUACCUGUUAAGCAGACUCUGACUGGCGAUGAUAGAGACGCUACACUGGACGAAAUGUAUAUGCAAGGGCACUUAGACACUGAACUCCAGUGUGAAGUUCGAUCGUAUUAUACCAACAACAACCAUGGGCCUAGGAGUGACACGCUUAGAAGUAACAGUUUCUGGGUUGGAUUACGGAAAUACAACAAUUCCGUCAUAGUGGAUGAGAAAGGAAACGAACAGGAGAUCACCAUAGAAUCGACCGUUCCUAUCCCAUGCAACAGCCCCGUCCUGAGCACUUGUUCUUUUCAAAUAGAAAUGAACUCUACUUUAGACCCAAACGAUGUGUCGACAAGUGCUUGUGUCUACGAACUGAAAUGCGACCCAACCACCCACAAGUACUCAACCACUAUCAAGGUCAUAGCUACACGUGAUUUUGUAAAAGAUGGUGACCAGCAGCACGUGCUAGCCUUCCGUCCACUAUAUCGAUUCAAUACGAUGUGGUACGGCUACAAUGUUUCUCCAAUCCAGAUAAGAUCAAAGGAUAGACCUCACGGAAUUUGCACUGCUUUGGGAGAUCCCCAUGUGACCCAAAUAGACAAUAACAGAACUGUGGACAUUUACACAGUAGGGAAUUCGGUUUUAUACAAAAGCAAAACAAGACCAUUUGAGGUCGAAAUAACAACUUGGGCAUGUGGAAGUUAUCAUCCAUGUAUUUGUGCAGUAGCUGCACGUGAGGGAAAUGACUUUAUACAGGUUGAUAUGUGUGCUAGAACGAAGAACCAAUUGGUUGCUCCCGACGUCACAUAUCCUUCUGGACCAUUUACUGGCGGGACAACAAUCGAUCCCGAUGCCUCUGGCAAAGCCUUUAACAUCAAUUUUCCAUCUGGUGCUAGCCUCAAGGUAACGGCAGCUUUGUAUGAUAGAAGGCAUCAUACAGAGAAGAAUGGCUAUCUGAAUGUAUACCUUAAAGUGCCGACAGAUGACUUCGGGAAUUCGGAAGGAAUAUGUGGAACAUAUGAUGGCAAUCCGAAAAAUGACAGGUUAGGGAGUGAUGGACUGCAACAUCCAAACUCUACCGAUUUUGCCAAUUCAUGGAUGGUACAGCCGGGCUAUAGUUUAUUUGAUAACCCUCCUCUACGUUCUACCGCCUUCGAUCACAACAACGUCAACUUCUGCCAGUGUGACAGCACAACCUCCCAGGGGAUAUGUACAAAAUCUAAGGCAACUAAUCCCCUCGCACAGAAUGUUGGUAAAAAGCCACGUCGCCACACUGGAACAUUUCAAUGGGGACAACCACGUGGUCACCAAGAUUACCCAAAAGAAACGCGAAUGAGACGAAAUUUAAAACAAGUAACCAUCAAGAGGAAGCAGAGAACAGCAGUGACUAGGAGUGGAAUGACUGAAGACAUGGCAAGAAAGACCUGUACGGACACUAUCAGAGAAUCCAUGUUGUCUACCAGGUGUCAAUCCGUGAUGCCCGCGGUGUUCGUUAAUAGGUUGAUUCACGCGUGCGUCGAAGAUAUGAUGGUUUCAGACAGUGACAUGUUUAACAUUGGCUACAUGAAUGCUUUCGAUUUCCAAUGUCAAGACACUGUUCUUCGAGACGUCAGUGUCUACGCCAUCGGGUCGCAUGGAAUGAGAAUUCCACCGGCUGACGUCACAACUCACCUGUGUCCAAAUCAAUGUAGCAGACGUGGAACAUGUCACGAGGGGACGUGUACGUGCCAAAUCGGAUACACUGGUGCUGAUUGUUCAGUCCAAGCAGGUGUUAUCCCAGUCAUUAGCCAUAUUCGCGGUGAUGGCCUAUGUGACGUCAGGGACCGAAAAUGCAUGAAAGUUCAGGUGAUUGCUGAGCACCUGAUACCCGGUCCAGAGCUCAAAUGUCGCUACAAAAAAUCUGAGAUUGGUGACAGCGGACUUUCGCCAUACGGUCCGUACAUUGAUGUCCCAGCCUCCUUUACCAGUUUCCUGGAGGUCGAGUGUAGCCUUCCUGAAAGUGUGGUAUUAACGAAAGACAGCCCUACUGAUGCUUUUAUUAUGUCCGUGACAACUGACGGGAUAUUGUUUAGCUCAGAACAUACAUUUAUUGUCUACGACGGCUCUUGUCAGAAUUGUGAUACAUCUGGAAACUGUACUUUGAAGGGCAACACUUGUCUGAUUGACAGAGCGUGUCGACUUAACGGAGAACAGAACUCAGACGGCGGCUAUUGUGAUCCUCAGACUAACCCUUAUUCAUGGACAAGGAGUCCGGUUGUCGCAGCAGAAAUCAACCACUACACAUCUACAGGGUCUGGUUGUCAAUGUGGCUAUGACAAGGUUAGGUUUGACUGUGCCUGCUGUACCAAUAACGGCUGUCAGUGUGGAGUCGCUAAACCCCAUAUAUGUACCAGCUGUAAUCACUUGUACUCGUGUGCGACUUAUCCUGGUCUCAUUGUCAGAAAUUAAAAUGAUCUUACAAGAUA